CUUUGCCACAGCAACCGUGACGUUAGUAUUCUGACCAAUCACUGACGUCUCCUCAAAUCUCGUUAAGAGCUCUCCUCUGUUAUCGCGUGAUCUUCGCUGAGGCCCACCGCUAUUUAUAACCGUAAACAUACAUCCAUGAUGAGUUAUUCAGAAAAGCCUGAGGAUAUUACAAAGGAAGAAUGGAUGGAUAAACUGAAUAAUGUGCACAUUCAGAGGGCAGAUAUGAACAGGCUUAUCAUGAACUAUCUAGUAACAGAGGGAUUUAAAGAGGCUGCGGAGAAGUUUCGUAUGGAAUCUGGGAUUGAGCCGAACGUGGAUCUGGACUCUCUGGAUGAAAGGAUAAAGAUCAGGGAAAUGGUUCUGAAAGGUCAGAUCCAGGAAGCCAUUGCUCUCAUUAACAGCCUCCACCCAGAGCUCCUUGACACCAAUCGAUACCUCUACUUUCACCUUCAGCAGCAGCAUCUGAUUGAGCUCAUCCGUCUGCGGGAGACUGAGGCAGCGCUGGAGUUUGCGCAGUCACAGCUGGCCGAACAGGGAGAGGAGAGCAGAGAAUGCCUUACUGAGAUGGAGCGAACCCUGGCACUGCUCGCCUUCGACAACCCUGAAGAAUCACCGUUUGGAGACCUGCUCAACAUGAUGCAGAGGCAGAAGGUGUGGAGCGAGGUGAACCAGGCUGUCCUAGACUAUGAGAACAGGGAAUCUACUCCAAAAUUAGCAAAGCUGCUAAAGCUUUUACUGUGGGCUCAAAACGAACUGGACCAGAAAAAAGUGAAAUACUCCAGAAUGACAGACCUCAGCAAGGGCACCAUUGAGGACCCCAAGUAGAGACUGUAAUCCAGAUGGACACAUUUGAUUAUUAUUAUUAUUUUUUUUUGGUCCUAUUUAUGAACAGUCAGUGACUGGAUAGAAAAUAUAAAUCUAUAUAUAAUGUUUUUUUUCUUGAUGCAUCUAUAAAAAGUAACUUAAGUAACAGUAUAUCAUUUUAUUUCAAACAAAACUAUACUGAUUGAAAAGCGUAAAUCUACAUUUUUAUUUUAAUCUACCAUUUACUAUGCUGGUAGCCUAUUUUCUGAAGAACAUGGAAUAUUCCUAUGGUACUGUUUUUGCUCAUUUUCGCUCCGUCAUAUGGGUUUUGUGACUUUUAUUUUAUUUCAUCGUCUUUACUGGUUUCACACACAGUAUGUCCUCAUGCUUAUAUUAGGCUGUUUAUGAGGGAAACAUCAGCUCCUGGAUGGAAAGAAAAGACUGAUAUAAUAACUAUCUUUAUCAUGGAUCCAGCAACUCAUUUUUUAUUUAUGAGAAGCUGAAGAUGCUGAUAAUGUCAAGUAAAAAAUGUCGGGUUUUAGACCUUCAUUAUAUAAGCUAUUUUAAUUACAAAAUAACAAAUAUUGUCAUUACAGACUUAAAGCCUUAUGUGUAUGAUUUGUUUCUCAUUUUUGUUCACAUUUUGUACCAAUUGUUUGGGAUAAAGUUGAUUUCACAGUA